CACUUUUCAUAGAAAUGAAUGGGGACGCCAUUUUUAAAGAGCAGGCUUGCUGUCUGUCUAUGCUGCAGACCUGGAGCACUGAUAUCACAGAAGAUAUUUCACGCUACUGCUUGUUAAACCCCUUGCCACGCGAUGGCACUGUAACUUAAGCAUCUGGACUAAACAUGGACGGCUCUAGCCUAUUCAUAUUCCUCUGGCAGAACUCAUUAUAUGUGAGCCACUCAAGGGGGCAGGGCCAGGGAUGAGUACAGACAGAAGAGGAUGAAAGGGAAAAAGAGGGCAAGAGAAGGCUCCGAGAAUGCCAAGCGCAGGCACGUGAAGACCAGCUGUGCCAGUCUGGGCCGGCCAGGGAGCAGGCAUCUCAAACAUGCAGACAUUGAGGCCGUCACCCUCUUUGAGGUGGUCACCAUGGGAAGGGGCGCCAUGCAGGCGGUUGUUGAUGAUUGGAUCGAGGCUUACUUGACAGACAGAGACUCCUCCCUUCUGGACCUCAUUAGCUUCUUCAUCCAGUGUUCUGGAUGCAAAGGAGCGGUCACAGCUGAGAUGUUCCAUAGUAGACAGGACAGUCAAGUCAUGCAGAAGAUGGUGGAGGAGAUGGAUGAGGGCUCAGGGCUGCAGUAUAAGAAGUUUUUGGCCUUUCCCUGGAUUCUCACUAUUACUUGGCCCAUUGACACGGACAGUGGGGAGUAUCCUCUGACCAUGUCUGGUCCUUAUUGGCGUCGCUUCCGCUCUGAAUUCUCAGAGUUUGUGUCGGUGCUGGUGGGCCAGUGUCAGUACAGUGUCAUCUUCGACAGCUACUUGAUGGACACACUCAUUUCCCUGCUCACCCAGCUCUCUGACUCUUACAUACGGGCCUUUCGACACACCUGCACACUUGCAGCGCUGAAGCUGCUGAGCUCGCUAGUGGGCGUGGCUUUGAGCCUGAGUGUGGGUGUGGAGAACAGCCAGAAGCUGUACGAGGUGGAGCAGACCAAGAGCUCAUCACGUCGAGCCUCACCCAGACUAGAGAGGAUACAAAGAAAGAUAACUGAGCUGCAAGACAAGAGGGUGGAGAUAGAGAAUAUGAUGGACAAUAUCUUCAAAGGAGUAUUCCUGAAGCGAUACCGUGAUGUGCUUCCAGAGAUCCGCGCUAUGUGUAUGGAGGAGCUGGGAGUGUGGAUGAGACUCUACAGUAGUGUGUUUUUGACUGACAGCUACCUCAAAUACAUGGGCUGGAUGAUGCAUGACAAGUUUCCUGACGUGCGUCUGAAGUGCGUGCUGGGUCUCCAAGGCCUCUAUGGAGACCCCCUGCUGUUGCCCAGAUUGGACCUGUUCACCAGCCGCUUCAAGGACAGACUCAUCUCCAUGACCCUGGACAAGGACCCUGAAGUGGCAGUCCAGGCCAUGAAACUCCUUAUACUCAUCUCCGAGUCCUGUGAGGAUGUCCUGAGUCCUGAGGACUACAAACAGUUAUUCCAGCUGGUCUACUCCUCACAGCGCCCCUUAGCAGUCACUGCUGGAGAACUGCUCCACUCACGGCUCCUCAGCAGCAACCCCCUGACCCCUGACCUCCAGGACACAACCAACGAGAAGGACUCAAACACUCUCCCCGCUGCAAGGCUGAGAGCUCUGCUCAGCUUCUACCAUGAAAGUCAGCUGCAUCAGCAUGUGGUUUACCUGGUGGACAGUCUGUGGGACUGUGCUGGUGCUCUACUGAAGAACUGGGCAUUGUUCACCACUCUACUUCUGCAAGACCCUAUUGCACAGGGGACAAGUUUGUCCCUGGAGGAGCAGUCCGAGGUGGUGGAGGUAAUGGUAGCAUCAAUCCGUCAAGCUGCAGAAGGAGCUGUGCUGCCUGGCAGGAAUUCAGGGAAGAAGGUACUCAGUGCUAAAGAGAAGAGGACUCAGGUGGAUGACUGUUGCAAAUUAACAGAGUUCAUCCUCCCAGUGCUUCCUCAACUGCUCUCCAAAUUCUCUAAGAACCCUCAGACAGUGGCCAGUCUGAUGAAGAUUCCUCAGUACUUCCACCCUGACUCCCCUGGUGCUGAGAACACACAACUGUUGUCUGUGCUGCUGACUGAGAUGCAGGCUGUGGUGGAACUCCAUUCUCACCCUGAGUUGCUAGAGGAGGCUGCCCGCUCGUACUUCAUCCUGUGUAGGGCGGAGACGCCAUGGCACCCCAUAGCUGGCCCUGAUAGGGAUGCGCUGGUACAGCGCUGGACCGACAGGCUGGCAGCACUGCUGGGGAAAUCCUUGCAGGAUGAUCUUCUCCGGGUUGAGGAAGAGCAGACAGAAGAGGUCCUGACCACGCUCAAGAAACUCACUGCUUUUCACAAUGGACAAGACCUGUCUGGUUGGGGUCUGUAUGAACUGCUGUGUCCUCUCCUCUCUGUGGACAUCAAACAUGGAAGACUUCCUGACCAGGUGACAGUGAAGGUGCUUCAGUGUGUAAGCUACUCUGUUCUGUGGAACCUCAACACAAGUGGAGAGACUCUAACCUCCAGGGAGAAGGCAGUAGCCCAAAGGAGACAGUUGAGUGUGUUCUGUGAGAAGUGUCUUGGCUGUCUCUCCCAUGCAGAGCGUAUGGUCAAGGAACAGGCCUUCCUGUCUCUGUGCGACGUCCUGACAGCUCACAACUACCAGCUACAGAUUUGGGACCCUGCCUCCUUCGGUCCGUUACUCUACACUCCUGACCCAAAGUUGCAGAGGGCACUGCUUCUCUUCAUCCAGGAGAUGGUCUUCAUUGGAGCAGAACAUGACAGCCACAGUAGGGUCAGUGAUGUGGGCAAGCUGGAGGACCUCCACAGGCGUAGGAUACUUCUGGCAGCCUUCUGUAAGCUCAUCAUCCACGGGGUGCUGGAGAUGAGCAUGGCAGCAGAAAUCUUCAAGUAUUACAUGAAGUAUUUUAAUGAUUUUGGGGACAUCCUAAAGGAGACUUUGAGCAGGACCCGGCAACAGGAUAAGAUAGAGAGUGCUCGCGUGCUGGUGCUGUGUCUUCAGCAGUUGUUUCUGCGGCUGAAGCAAGAGCAAGACAGCGGGGGGAGCUGCAGUUCAGGAGUCCAGACCUUCAGUAGUAUCAAGGAGCUAGCUAGACGCUUCUCUCUCACCUUUGGCUGGGAGCAGAUCAAGUCCCGCCAGUCCCUUGCCAUGAUCCACAGGGAUGGUAUAGAGUUUGUGUUUCAAGGGAUUGUCCAGAGCCCAGGCAAGCAUACACCUCCUUAUCUCUCAUACCUCACCAUCCUCAGUGAGUUCUCUAGCAAGCUGCUUAAACCUGACAAGAGGACAGUGUACUCCUACCUGCAGAGAUGUGCAGGAGAACAAGCCAUCAGUGCCAGGGACGAGGGCUGGCAGCCGCUCAUCUACUACCGAGCCUCCCUAUUGGCCACUGGGGCCGAGGGGGAGGAUACUUUGUCCUUCGUCAGCUCUGAUACACUGAAACAGACAUCUCUGGCCAAUCGCUCACGUUCGCCCUCCGUCAGACAUUCCCCCAUGGCAGAUGCCCCUGCUGCCCCAAGCCCCACAGAGACAAAGGGGAGGAGAGCCCAGAGAGGAAACAGUACUACAUGCCUUGAGGAGAUUAACGUAGAGGUGGCCCAAUCUCUUGUCGUUUGGGACACCCUGUUGACUUCAGAGGGCCCCACCAACCAGGUGGUGGAAGAGGACAUUGUGGACGUUGAUCUGUGAUCUUCAAACACAUGGACUUUUGAAGAGUUGCAGUUAGCUAGGCAGCAUACAGUGUAUACUCCUCCUUGCGAUCUGUAUUCACAUGCAUGGUGCCUAUUUUUCGAAAAUGUUCUGAAGUAUAUUCUGAAAUGUCUUCUUACGGACUUCGGAAGUUCAACGUAAGAAAAGAUCUCCACCUUAUUAAUGAACGCCUGAAAAUGGGUUCCAAAAUCCCAAAUAAUGUUAAGUGUAUGGGUAUUUUUCCAAGUAGGCCACUGACUGGUCGAUACGUGCGAUGCAUUGCGUGGGCAACGCGCCGUGAACUGAGUGGUCCGCGCGCCAUGUAUUGAGUGGGCCGGUCUGACAGUAACUCCCGGGACACUUUUUCCCCCCAGUCCGCCCCUGGGGUCUCAUUUAUAAA